AUGCUGAGAGAUGACGCAAACAGUGGUGAAUUCAGCACUAAGAGAGUUGAGAAUCUGCUCACUCUUCUGGAUGGAAACAAUACUCAAGGAUUGUUUGCAAAAAUUGUGAGGAAGCGACUUCACUCACUGUUAAAGGACAAUGAGGUCAACAUGCCCAUUCUAAAAAGCUGGGUCCUAAAUGAGGCAUCUAAUGACAGUGCUCUUCAAGAAGGAGGGACGUUCCUGCACACACUGUGGAGGAAAAUCCAAGCAGUUGUCACUCCACUUCUAGCCUACCUGGUCUCAGUCAUUGACCGAGAUUGCAAUAUGGACCUUCUCCUGGAAGAUGAAGAACAAAUUGUGAACUUGUGGCUUGAGAUUUUUGGAAACAAAGAGAUGCUCAGUUUGCCUUACGUCAGGGUGGAAAAGAAAGUAUUAAUGGUACAAAGCCAUGUCACAGGUGGCCAUACCAUGUUCUGCCGCCUGCCCUUCAGUUGGUGGAUCAAAGAGUUCCUAGAUGGGCUCAUGAUGCAAACAUCCAGACAUCAAACUCAUUCAGUUGGUCAUUUCUAUGAUUUGUUCUUGGAAACUCCACUUGGCACUUACAUCUCAGAAAAAGCUAAUGAAAAAAUGAAGAGAGAAUUUUUCAAAAGGUAUCUGCAAGAUUUUGUUUCCAUGACCAUGAAAGUGGCAUCAGAUGAAGAGUUAAAGGUUUUGGAUGUCUAUGCAGCCAAGGCAUGUGUUGAAAGCCUGGAACCUUCUAACUUAGACAAUGAUACUGUCUGCCAGCACUGGCUGAGGAAGGUGAAGAAGGUGCAGGCUUCUUUGGAGUUGAUUUGCUCCCAAAGCAGUAGCAAAAAAUAUGGUGAGCACUGCCGGAAAGUACUCCAUGAUUUCAGCGCAUCUGUGAAGAAAAAUGCAGAAUUCAGGCAAUGCUGCAAUGGUUUCUUUGUUGAUCUGCUCUCUGCUGUGUGCUUCAAGGAUAAUACACCUCCAGCCGAAGGUGUCAUCACCCACCUGUUGUCCUAUCUAAUGAUUGAGACAGAACAUAAACAGAUUCACACCAAAGUUUUAUCACCAUUUGAAGAGUCCCCAGAUAAAAACCCAGUUGUGCGAUCAGUAAUCCUCAAACUGCUACUGAAGUUCAGCUUUGAUGAGGUUCAGAAAUAUUUGCAGCAACAUUUUUCAUCUGUUGAAGAAAGCAGAUUUGUGGAUGAUGGAGACAAAGCCGAGCUCUAUGCUUUAUACAUCAACUGCUUGGAGGACUCCAUCUGGGAGAAAAUGCCACUGGAGGGCAACAAAGCUGCAGAGUUACAAUGGUUUACUAAUGAAACACAGUUCCUGCGCUUGUUUUUGAAAGAAGACACUUCUGCUCCAGCAACAGUCUGUAUUCAACACCUGCAACAUAUUGCCCGAUUGCGUGUGACGCUCACCAUGGCUGCACAGCUCAUCAGUGACAGACUGUCUGGCAACAAUGUCCCAGACGGAGCAGAAGAUUUUCUGAACAUGGUGAUAAAGCUCUGUGAGGACAGUGGAAAUGACUGGUAUCGUGUUUACCUCAUCCGCAAGCUCAGCGAAUCACAGGGUGUGGAGUACGUCCAGACAAUGAUGAAAAAACCUGAGUUCUUCUGGAUUUUCCCUGAAGAGAUACAUCAGCAGAAUGAAGAUGGAGGCCUGAUGGACCAGUAUCUCGUGUAUGGAGAGGAGUACAAGUCCGUGCGAGAAGCAGUUGCCAAGGCAGUAGUGGACGGUGAUGUCGAGCAGAUAGAAGAUGCCUGUGAGAGAUGCACAGCAUCACCAAAGAAUCGGACAGUGUUUCUCCUGCUGGCUCUUUUCCGAGAGGUUACAACUCUGUACAGAUCUGAAAACAGGGGUCUUCAUCCUACUCCUGAGCAAUGUCUUGAAUUUGAUGACCUCAUCGAGGGCUCAACGUAUCUCCAUCAAGCAGAAGUAAGACGAUUUGCCUCAGCCUUGGUUUACAACAGGUUGGGAGCGCUCACUGUUCAGCCUGGUAGUGCUAUCAUGGAGAACACCAUCACUGAGCUGAUCAUUCAUCUGGCAGCUGUGCUGCUCACUGGGAAUCAUCACCUGCUGAUGCCACUGAAGCAUCUUGGUCUGUCUUCUGAAAAUAUGCAGAGAGCUUUUAUACCCACAAUGCCUGAUGACAUUUUAGCUGUUGCCCAGGCAGCCAUGAAUUAUGAGGGCCAGCUCACUUGGUAUGUCUGUCCAAAUAAUCAUCCAUGCUGCGUUGAUAUGUGCGGCAUGCCCAUAGAGAGAGGCCGAUGUCUGGAGUGUGGUGAAGAAGUUGGAGGAGAACAUUGCACAGUCGUGCCUGGAUUCACAAAAGUUCAGUUGCAUGAGGAUCAAACACGUCCCGGUCACAUUCUGGGAGACCCUGAACGGAGAAACAACCCAGAUGCUUUAGACACCAAACACAUGUCUCUGACUCCCUUCACUCUGGUCAGGUUGGUUACACAUUUGGCCAUGAUGCUGGGAGCCUCAGAGAAACCUGAGGUUGUCCAACAGAUAAUCCAGCCACCUGUGGAGGAUGUCAGUUCGUUUCUCAGGUUGCACAUAACAAAGGAUCUUGAGCAUCUGUCCCAGGCACUGGGAAAAGGAGCUGACGACAACGUAACAUCUGUUCACUUGGUGCUUAAAUCACUGCAGGAGCUACCACGGGCCAGUUCCACUACUAUCGACCCUUACCUUACUACCAAAGAAUCCAGAAACACCUGGGAGACUACUGUGGCUACAGAUAUUAUGACACCAAAGCUGACGGAUCUUGACCAACUCCUACAAGAGGCAAAGGGAACCAUCAGAAAUGACUCACGUGUAUCUUCCAACUUCAUCAUAAGGACGAUCCACGGUGAUGACUUUAGCUUCCUCACCUCACUGCAACAGGGCUCUGAGGUUGACAGCUCAGCAGUGUGGAGCUGCAGGGAGAGGCUGUCGUUGCUCAGCCUCACACACAUUAUGGAGACUAAUGAUCAAAAGGAGGAGCUCCCCCUGCUCUGGAGGUUCCUGCAGAAGGAGAGAGAAUUUCGGCUUAUCAAAUUCCUCCCAGAAAUCCUAAACCUGCAGAAACGUUUGGUGAGAAAGUACCAAAAUGCAACUGAAGAUAUCGUGGGCUCCAUCGGAGUAUUCAUUGCUCAGCAAACAGAAAUGAGGCAGUGGUAUCAAAAACGCAUUGAGACCUUCCUGAAAACAUGGAAUCAGCUAAGAGUUUCUGUUACCAGCAAUGAAAUAAAAAUUCCAGAAGAAUUUUGCAGCAGAGAUUUGGACCUGGACAGUAACCUCAGGUACCUCCUGCCCCGUCGGCAGGGUCCAGGCCUGUGUGCCACAGGGCUGGUCAGCUAUCUGGUGACUCUCCACAAUGAGUUGGUGAAUGCAGUGGACCGUCACACAGGAGAGGACAACAGUGACUACACAGUGAGUCUGUUGGAGCUAAUGGAGCAGCAUGUGAUCAGCUAUGAUGUGGAGAAGGACCUGUUUCCUCUGGUUUUGUCCAACUGCCAGUACAGCUUGGAACGUGGCCACGAGACAAUAUCUGAGUAUGACCUGCCCAGGAUCCAACAGCAGAUCCUCACCCGCUUUCUGCAGGGAAAACCUCUCAUUACCCGCACAGGAAUUCCCACGCUGGUCAAUAUGCAAGAGAGAGACUAUGAGACCAUUUUCAAAACUGUUCAUGGAAAAGUGCCACAGACGGCUCUGUCCCGUUUGAUCUGGAACUCUGUGUCGAGACAGCUGGACUCCUACAGCGAGGUGUGUGAAGCACUGAAGAUUGUGGAGCUGCUUCUGGGUUAUCUCUCAAUGACGGGUGGUGAUCCCAAAAUGAAACUGGUCACUUACCUUCAGGAAAUACUAAAGAUGGACCAAAACAUUAAUCAGCACAUACUGAAGGCUUUUGGCAAAUGUCACCUCAGACACUGUGUUUGUCUGUGGCAAGUCCUGUCCUCUCUCAGAUCUGAAAAAAUGCUGCAACUGAAAAGGGAACCCUUUUCGGGGUAUCCAGCCAAGUACCAGGUGCCACUGACUGAGGAAAACAAGACUGAGCUGAAACGAUUCAUGUCCAGAGGAAACAUGGACCAGUGGCUGCUUGAGAUGCAUGAGUUCCUCUUGUUGCGCCUGGGCCGCCUACGGGCAACUGAGGACUACAAUCCAUCAUGGAGUCUGAAGGAGGCGGUCAGUGUCUACAUGGAUCGUAAAGAAGUAGAAGUCCCUACUUACGUGGAGGAAAACUUCUCUGAAUAUCUGCAGCUGUCUCAGAUAAUUGAGACCUGGAAAUACACCAUCACAGCCAAACAGGAGUUGAUGAAUGAAUGAGUGCAUAGAGAGAUAUUAGUUAUCUAAAGAAGUAAACAAAGGUAUUUUUUCUGCAUUUAUUGGUGUAAUAAUCAUAGGAUGUGUUGUGUUGUUCAUUUGUUUUUGGAAUUAUUUUAGAAAUUCAAUUCAACAACAAAAAACUAUAUUUACAUUUUAAUAUUUUAUUUUUCAUUAUAUUUUACUUCUCUUGUGAAUGGUUUGAAUUUUAAAAAGAAGAGUAAUAUUAUCAUGCUGCAAGGAGUGAAUAGUAUUUCUCCAUCUAAUAAGAAAUUAAAGCAAUAGGUGAUUGAUACACAGAAAAAA